AUGGAGUGGCGUGAACAGUCCUCAGUCGGCUGCGUCCCGGCCUACGUGGAGGCGCACAGGUGGAUCGAGAGCCGGCCGUCCGUCGGCACAGUUUACCACGUCCAACCACCCGAGGACUCGUGGUGCCUCCUGUUAAUUGAAACUCUGCAGCCAAGCCAGCGGUGGUUUGAGAUCAUGGGAAAGGCAUGGGGCCGGGUUACUGCAGUGCUCCAGAUGCUGCGGAUUGAACUCGCCUCUCCCUGUUUACGGGGCAGCUUUCGGAGUUACAGUGGGCUAAGAGCUGAGCCCGCAGUAACCAAGAAAAAAUUUGGGAGCAACGACUUCCGAUCGGCGCUGGAGAAUGGCGUUCUGUUGUGUGAACUAAUCAACAAGAUCAAGCCUGGUAUCAUCAAAAAGGUUAACCGGCUCCCAACCCCUAUCGCUGGACUGGGAGGGGAGGGCAGGGUUUCAGUGUGUGAGAAGAAGAGGAGGACGGCGGCAGGCAGGCGUUGUGCGCUCGCUUUGUGCGUCACUCCUGUGCCUGCAUGGCCGGUCGAGCAUCAAGAGACCGAUAGGAGGCUGAAAAAUGUUUUAAUCACUAUUUACUGGCUGGGUAGAAGAGCUCAGAGUGAACGUUUCUAUGAUGGACCUUACCUGAAUUUGAAGGCAUUUGAGGGAUUACUGGGCACAGCACUAUACAAGGAAUCGCCCGGUCAGAAGAGCGGCAGCGUCAGAGACAGCGGCUUUGGAGAUAGCUGGUACUCGGAGCGAGAGGAGCCCCACCAUCUGAGAGGAGGAGGAGGAGGAGGCGGCCGUGGACACAGAAGAGAAGACUCUCUGGACAGCGUCGACUCGUUGGGUUCCCAACCUCACAGCAUCUCAUCGGACACUACUCUGAAAGGCAGCAGCGAGGGUUGUUUUAGCGACACCGAAGCGGAUUCAGCCUUCAGGAUGGCCGAGAGCAAGGACGGCCUCGGCUACCGCCGGUCUCUGGUGAUCACACCUAAACCCAACACCCAGUUUAACCAGUUCCUGCCCUCUAAAGAAAAGUCGUCGGGUUACGUGCCGGCUCCGCUGCGGAAGAAAUUUGCAGAGCGCAAAGAGGACAGCAGACGGAGCUCAGCCUACCUCAGCAGCGCCGAGGAGGAGGUCAAGCUCACCAGUCCCCUGGCAGGGGCGAGGCUGCCCGGGAGCAAAGGGGCCCCCUUGCCCACGGUCACUGUGACUCCCAGUGUGGCCCCUCAGCAAAACGUAGCCGGCCACAGCAAAGGCGGGAAAACGCAGCCGCCAAAGCGCGGCUCUGUGAGGGUGGACCACCGCCGAGCCGUGCACUCUAAUAGCCUGUUCAGGGACAUGUGCGACGACUCUGAGGACGAGGACGACGAGGUGGGCUAUGCUGACCCCGUCCAAGAUGAUCUCUACUCCCGCAAGAUGGGCUUCAAGCCCCAGCCUGCAGGCAGCGGGUCUUAUGACAAGUUCUUACCAAAGUUCUGGACGCCGGAAGAAGACGUCCACGUACAGAAGAUCAAACUGGGCUCUCAGAGGAGACCCUGGUACAAAAAGAUGCAAGGCUUCAGUCCUCAUGCUCAACCACACACUCCCCCACAGCUCCCCAAGAUACAGCUCCCUUUCUUACAGACCCCGCCGAUGUCGUUUGCCCCCAUCGACCCCACCUCGGGUCCCAAACUGGUCAAAUGCGAGAGGUGGUCGCUCCUGGGGCGCCAAGACCCCCGGGAGCGCCCCGACCCGUUCGAUUAUGGAAGCCUUUCCCCCGAUUUGGAGAAUGACGAUAUGUUUGCCAGGCGAACCCUGGCGUUCCAGUCUAACACUGAGAUGGCAAUGAUGAAGAGCCAACUGUCGGCCGACCGGCGGCGCUACACGUCUGAGCCUCAGCUCAAUAUCGUUACCCAACAACAGCGCCGCGGGGACGCCGAGGAUAGCGAUUUUCCCGACAUCGAGCAGGACGACGUGGUUUACCGCAAAGAAAAAACUCAGCAGGAGCGACCGCUCUCGGGGGCCCCCGACAACUACGUUCCGAUGCCCAUCCCGGAACCCUGGGCUCUACCUCCUAACCUCAAGGCCAGACUCCUCUGCCCCCCGAGUAAAUCAACAAGCGAUAUCCAGAUAGACCCUGCGGUUAGCAAGCAGGUCCGCUAUGAAGAACUGCAAAAGUUUCGUGAGAAGGUGAAGGAGAAUGAAGAUCAGUGGCAGGAUGACUUGAGCAAAUGGAAAAACCGGCGCAGAAGUGUGAACUCUGACAUUGUCAAGAAAAAGGAAGAAAGGGAGAAGAUAGAACAGACUUAUGGUGGCGACAGAGUGUCCAAGACCUUGAAGGACAUGCAAGAGGAGAGAGAAAAUAAAAGAAAGGACAGCAUCGGAAGUCGUAUCUCUCUCUCUUACUUAAAUGACGACGGGGACGUUUUUGAGAAGCCGGCCUCUACCCGUCGUACCCGUACGCUUCCUCCCAGAAGUUACACUGUUGAUGCUCUUUACUCUUCGUCAGAAUCAUUUGAGCCCGCUUUGAAAGCAGAAAAGCCCCCGGCACCUUCCCCGCCGCCCCCUAGUGCCGCUUCCCCUCCCGCUUCGCGGGAAGUUAAAAUUUCGGACAGCCUUGUAGGCAGCAGCUCCAUCGCCCCUGCCAGCCACAGCUCAGCCGACAGCUCUGCCUCCCCGGCAGCUGUACCUCCUCUGCAGAGGAGUCAAGCCAUAAAAGACACCGGCGCGGCCAAAAGAGAGGAGGCCGCGAGUGCCGUCUCCUCUUCCAGCCUCCCACAGGCGGUGCCCGAGCCCAGGCGCCCAUUGUUGGGGAAGCAGACUGAGGCCGAGGCCCCCUCUGAUUCUCUGUCCAAACAACAAGCACAGCUCGGCUCGAUGGAAUCCAAGCCUCCCGAGGUGUCUCGGGUUUCCACCUCCGUCCCCAGGGGCUACCAGAGAUCGGAUAGUGCGCGUCUGACCUCGGGUUUCACACCAAGGCCCUUUGUGAGCCAGCCCCCUCGCAUCAUGUCUCUUCCCAGAGCCUUUACAAUGGAUGAUUCCCAAAAGCGCGUCAACGGCAACGUCGACGUGUCUAAAAAGACAUCAGUGCCGAGCCGGUACCACCAAUUCAUGACCUCUGAGGAUGAGGCUCACUCUAGUUCAGCUCAAAGCAGUGAAGAGGAAGAAGAAGAAGAAGAGAGGGAGGAGGAAAAGACCACAGAAAAGGGUGUCACCUUGAUUCAGAGCAUCUCAUCUGUCACUCCUCAUGUCAAGAGGGAAGCUCCUGAAAGUCCUGCCCCGGCCAAAGAAACUAGCCAGGUUAAGGAGAACUUCUGUGAGAUGCGGAUCAGUCUGAACCAGAAGCCCAACAGCAGCAGAGACUUUGGCUUCCACGCCACGUGGGACUCAACAGGAGCUCGUGUCACAUCCAUCCAACCAGGGAGCCCAGCUGAAAUGUGCCAGCUCCAGGCCGGGGACGAGGUGCUGACGGUGAACGGGCACAAGGUGGCAGAAAUGAGCUACGCCGAAUGGAAGUCCUGCAACGAGGAGGCCUUGCACGAGGGCAGCCUGGUCAUGGACAUCCGCCGUCAUGGCCAGAACAAUUGGGACAGAAAUCAACCUUCCCUGCCAUAUAAAAGUCAUAAGACCAUCAAUCUGACCAGUACGGAUCAUCCGAUACUUCUAGGUUCCCCCGAAACAAACGCUGCCACGUCCAGCCUGGAUUUCACCUCCAACUCCUCCGCAGAUGUGCUGGCAACCAAAGAUUCCCCGGCUCGUACCGUUGUUGAUGUGGCUUCAAACGGAGUUAAUGGGGGUUUCAGAGAGGAGGCAGUGACCAUGAGGAACAAAGACUCAGAACCAAUAUCUUUGAAAAACUUUAAACGGAGGUCAGAGUUUUUUGAGCAAGGAGGAUCAGAGUCUGUAAUGCCAGAUAUACCUGUUCCUCCGAUCACUCCAACUUCCAGCCGUUGGUCUUGGGAUCCAGAGGAAGAGCGCAAAAGACAAGAGAAAUGGCAAAAGGAACAGGAGCGCCUCCUGCAGGAGAAAUAUAAGCGGGAUCAAGAAAAGCUGCAGGAAGAGUGGCUUCAAGCUCAGAAAGACAUUGGCACAAGUGUGAAUGAGCAAGAGCCUGGGAGUCUCAGGGUAAAUAGCCAUAAAGUCCCCCCAUACUCCCCCUCAUCUCCUGGCCACCAGCCCACACCUCCUCUGUGGGAAGAGGAAGAGAGAAAGAGGCAGGCAGAACGUGAACACCAAAGGCAAGAGGAGGAGGAGAGGAGGAGGAGGAGGGAAGAGGAGGAGAGAGAGCUGCAGCGUGUCCAGGAGGAGAGGAGGAUGAGGGAGGAGGAGGAGAGAGAGCUGCAGCGUGUCCAGGAGGAGAGGAGGAGGAGGGAGGAGGAGGAGAGAGAGCUGCUGCGUCUCCAGGAGGAGAGAAAGCGGAAGGAGAUGCAGGAGGAGGAGGAGAGGAAGAAAAGGGAGGAGGAGGAAGAGAGAUGGCAAAGGAGAAGAGAGGAGGAGAGGGAGGAGGAGAGGAGGCGGCAGGAGGCUGCAGAGCAGCAGCGCAGAGACAGAGCCCUGGAGCAGCAGCAGUGGGCUGGUGGCUUCGCUGGCUUUGCUAGUGUCCAGGCUCCACUGUCCUUUACAGACAGGACAAAAUCCAAAUCAUCUCCCCAGCUUGAUGAGGAGGACAAACCUCAGAGGAGAGGCACGGCGGCGGGAAGUGGAGUCGCCGAGAAGAGGGGUCAGCAGACCUCGUCGCAGGCCGAGCUGGAGAGGCAGCAGAUCCUGAACGAGAUGAAGAAGAAGACUCCGCUGCUGACCGACAGCAGCUGGAUCCGUCAGAACUCCCCGAGCAACGCCGCCGACCAGGAAAAUGAAGUGCCACCUAUGCGCAGAGGUGAAUCGCUUGACAACUUGGAAACCUACAACUCCCGCCGAGCCUCCUGGACGUCCAGAAGCAGCUCGUUUGCCCAAAACUACUCUCGGCCCCAGCCCGGCCUCCCCGGCAGCAGCUCUUUUUACACUAGUGGGUCGGGGGCCCAGCGGCCCGUCUCCUCCACGCUGCCUUCUUCCUAUUCCAUGAGCUCCUUCCGAAGUGGGGCCGGAUCCCACUCGUCCUCUUGGUCCCGGCAGUCGUCCUCCCCCUCGCACUCUUCUCUGUCCUCUCCAGAACCCACAUCUGACACACCUGAGCAGCGGAGCAGGUCAGUGAGUGGCAAGAAAAUCUGUACAUUCUGUGACACCCCGCUCGGAAAGGGAGCGGCCAUGAUCAUCGAGUCCCUGGGGCUCUGUUAUCAUUUGAGCUGUUUUAAGUGUAUCGACUGUAAGGCCGACCUCGGGGGAUCGGAAGCCGGGGCUGAACCGGCCACCCAACAGCUAUGUGACGUGACUGUGCUCCAGCAGAUUGACGAGGAGAGUACUUGCGACAACAACCCAUGA